UCUCACAUUGGUCUACUAGGGAUAUGCAAAUGCACAAUAUGAUUCAGAUUGAUGUGUGUGCGUAUGAAUUGGCAUGCAGCAGGUUAUACAAUUUAUAUAUUUAUUAUGUUACUUUUGCACACUUGUCCAAAGUGACGUCAAAUAGAGGUUGCGCGAGCUAUUCGCGUAGAACCGUUUCCAGCACAAGAGACUGCGUAGAACUUAAUGUGUCGUUUUACGUUCUUCUAAGAAAGUUGUUUUCGUAGGUUGAGUGAUUGUCGUUCGCAGGAAUUCUUACACAGUGUAUCUAUGUGGCGUUGACCAGAUCGCUGGAGACAUGAAAUAAGAUCUCACAUCAGAUUCCACUGGGACUUGUCCCUUGGUAUUCAUUCCCCUACUCCUUUUACCCUUACUCUUUUCAUAAGCAUUGAUAUCUCACAGAAGUGUUAGUGCUUCCAAAUACUCACAAAGUUGUUUAUUUUUGGCCGUUUAUCAGUCCCAUCAGCUCAAUUUGACACAUCAUCUGAGUGUAGCAAUCGUGCCCUUGUCCCAAUAAAUCGUCAAUUUCUCAUUUGUGGGGAUAUUUCACUGUGCCGCACUUCUGGAAGCGUUCUAGCCCAUCGUGAAUGUUUGUCAGUUUAGUGGACACAUGAAUGUAAAAUAUAUUUCAUUUUCUGCUAUAUAUCUAAUUGUCUCGACUUGAUUGAAAUGUCACAAGUGGCCAUACCAAAAGUUCGUGUGUGAAGUGCCUUGACGUCCUUCCUUCAGUGAGUGGACCUACGUCAAAUAAUAUGGAGGUCAUCAAGCCACGAGGUCAAUUAUGGCCCCUGAAGUUGCACUACUUCUUCCAUGGACUCGGUGGUGCACCCAUUCUGCCUUUCUUGUCCGUGAUCGCCAAACAACUUGGAAUGCCCGGGAGUGGGAUUGGCAUGACCAUGUCCAUUAUUCAAGUCACUUCACUUUUCCUACGACCCGUCAUAGGAGGUCUUAUGGAUAGCUUUCCACGGCACAAAAUCUCAAUCUUUCGCCUCUUAAUGCUUGGACAUUUGUUGGGAUUCUUUCUCAUUCAAUUCGUUCCCCCGAUCGAGACCGAGGAAAUGACUUUAGAGCCGGAAUGUGUCGAUAUGAACCAACUGGGACUGACGGUGGACGGCGAGGUUGAUCCUUGUACGAUUAACAAGCUACACACCUUUUACGAUAAAACUAUUCAAUGCCAGCUCUCUUGCCGAUCCAGAGAGUCUCCUACGAGUUCAUUCGCCAAUUUCCAGGGCACUUUCAAUGGAAAAACGUCCACUUUUCCGGCGGGAAAGAGCCUCAGAAUUCAAUUCGAGACGGCCUCCUGCUCUCCUGAUUUGGGCAAAUGCUUUGCUAAUUGCUCGGAUCCACAACUUCGAAAGGUCUUGAACAAACAACACGACGGUCACAAGGCCAAAACGAAGCUCAAUUACUGGAUUUUGACCUUUCUGUGGGUGUUUGGCGGGAUUACGGCCGGGGGUGUGAUGACUUUUCAAGAUGCCAUUUGUCACCAAGUCUUGACUGCUCAUAAUUCCAAAGAGCAUUAUGGUCACCAAAGGCUUUUUGCUUCACUUGGUUGGGGAAUGGCGGCCUUUAUUGUGGGUUAUUGGGUGGAUCAAGAUAGCGCUCAAAGUCUCUUGUUCGAUUACAGUGUGGCUUUCAAGGUCAUGUCUAUUGCAUGGCUGAUGGACAUUCUUGUGGUGGGAUAUCUUGAGAUUCCCAAUUCUAACGUCCAUCGUCCUCACAGUCCUUGGCAAGCUUUGACGGGAUCAUUUAUGAACAUUGAAACCUUGAUCUUCCUAUUUUAUUGCAUUAUUGUCGGGAUUUGCUUCAGCGCUUUACCUUUUCAUUUCAUAUUACUUGAAGAGUUGGGCAGCAAAGGUUCGUGUGCAAGUAUUCAAGCGUUGAAGCUCCUCCAAGGUCUUUGCCUCAGUUUAAACUGUACCGGGGAGAUCCCAGUCUUUUUCUAUUCAGGAUCUCUUGUGCGUCGAUUUGGAGCCAAAAAUAUCAUGAAUAGUGUGUUACUCCUAUUCUGCUUGCGGUUCUUCUACUACAGCCAAAUGAUUGGCCCUUGGGACACAAUCUACAUUGAGUUUUUUAAUGGUUGGUGCGUUGCCCUAUUCUUUCCGGCAAUGACCACUUUUGCCACCAAAGUGGCACCAGAUGGGGCCGCCUUGACAAUGACGGCCUUGGCCUUUGCUGCUUAUGAAGGCGUGGGUGGAGCCAUUGGUGGAACAGUGGCAGGAACUCUGUAUGAAAUGCAUGGAGCGCCCAAGACAUUCGAGUACUUCAGUUACUUUGCUCUGGUUGGGUUCUUGGUGCAUCUAAUACUCCAGCAAGUGCUCAUUUCACGGCGUACUCCGCAUGGAUACGCAAAAUCGUUCAAUUCUCAAUCGCAGUAUAUGAUAAUGGACUAAAUUAUAAUUCUAUGCAUUUUACAUCAAAGCUAUUUUUUUAAAAAGCAACACCACUGUUUUUACACAAAAUGAUUUCUCAAUAUGAAUAUAUAUUCAAUCAUUU